CAGAAUUUCCUCUCUCUGGCCUCAGGCCACACCCACAGGAGGACACCUCGCCUCCCCUUGCAGGCACAGCCUGACUCAGGCACCCUGUGACUUGAAGCAGACCCGGCUCUGAGCCUUCCACACAAAUCGCAGCCCAGCAACAGCUCCAGGCGUCCCGUUCAGAGACUGCACUUUAAGAAGGGUCUGGGAACAGCGCUUUCCCCAAUAAGAGACUUCUUCCAGGUCUAGAGGCUCUGCCUGGGCUCCGUGAUGACAGAACAGUGCCCUCAGAGGCCCGGGAUGGUACACUCUGAGUUGUGAUGCCCCGAGGGGAGGCGGGGACUAAGGAGGCCUCAUUAUUAUAAUAAAUCGGGCUCAGUUCAUUGGCUGCAAAUGGUGGAGUGAUGCGACCAUAUGUCACUUGGGCAUUAAACAAAUCCUAAUGAGCUAAAAAUAUGUUUGUUUUAGCUAAUUGACCUCUUGGCCUUCAUAAACCACUUGGUAAACAUCCUCAGAUAAUCAUUUCCAGAGAGCGGAUUGUGGCUCUCGAGGGUGCUGAGAAAGCCCCCUUGUCCCCCAGACCACCUCCUCCGGCUGCCUGCUGAGGCACACGUGCGCUGGCCUGCUGCCCGCAGGGCCCAGGAAGUGUGCUGGGACAAGGGGGAGGCGAGAAGGGCCGAGCCAGGCGCUCGCCCAGCGCUCUUCCCUGGCUGCGCCACCGACAGCACUCUGAGCCCUAGUUGCUCUUCUGUUAAUUGAGGGCAGUGCCCUCCCCCAGAGGGACCCCUAAAAGCAGAAGUUCUAGGUUCUAGGCUCGGUGGCAGGUAUUUUUGGAUAUCUGUGGAGAGUCCGUCACAAGCAGGACCCAUGUCUCUUCUAGGCUAAGGAGCAGGAGCUGGGAGCCCGAGAGUCAGCAGGUCACCCGGGACUGGCUCGUGAGCUCCCUGCAGGUGCGGGGGUGAUCUGGAUACCUGUGAAAUCUGGGACCCCAGAGAGACAAGUCCUGCGGCUUUGUUCUCCCUGCAAGCAGUGGGCCGCGGGCUGAGCCCCCACCAGCAGGGGUCUUCGUUAGCUGGAAGAACGGACGCCUGUUAGAUCUCAGAGCUAACUUCAUCUGACGUGCGGUCACGGGUCCCACGGUGUCUGGAAGGCAGAUGCCCCUCCCACUCACCACACCCGUGUUGAGGUCCAGACAUCUCAUCCCACUGUUUGAAAGAUGUCGAGGGGGCCACUCGGGUUUCCUGGAGGCAUUAGCAGGACUAGGAGUAAACUUCAAGCUCCGACGUGGACGGCGGCCUUAGACUCAAGUUGUGUGUGGCCUGAGCUGACUGUGGCCCCACAGGCUUCUCGCUGCCCCCACAGCUCCCUGCCUAAGAUGGUGGGCUUCAGUUGGCUACUGAACUCUCCUUCUUUAGCCGUAAACCAGAGAUAAUAUCGAACACGGAGAACUCAUCAGCCAUCAAGUGCCUUCUCCUUGCCUGACCCUGUGAGGUGUUUUAUACAUAUUUUCUCACUUAAUCGACACAAUCAGUAAGACACUUCUGCAAGGCCACAGAGUAGAGAGUGGCAGAACCAGGCCUCCACGUUCCACCUAAUUCCAGAGUCCUGGAUCCCACAGUGUGGUGGGGCAAUGCUAUUGAUGAGUGGUUAAUGACUCUACUUUGCGAGGCUCUGGUGAGGACUGUCAGCUCAUAAAGCAUGGAGCACAGUGCCUGGCAUGUGGCAGGGGCUCCCAGGACACGACAGUUAUUCACCUUAUCAUACACAGAGGUGGCACAGUGAGAGGAGGUCCAACACACCUUCUGGGUCAAACCACCUCAGCCCCUUCUCCCCAGUCCCCGGGGCUGAUGUGCUUGCAUUAGACAGGAUUAAAGGCUUACCGGAGCUGGAAGCCGCACCCCAACUCCCCAGACCUUCUGUCCGCCGGCUGAGAAGGACAGGAAAGACGACAGCCGUGCAGUGCAGAGCUGUGCAGAGUUUAGGGAGCGUCUGCACAGGAGCCAGCCCUCCUUCUGGAUCCCCAUGAUGAGAGAAUGGGCCCUGAUCUUGUCCAUGCUGCUCUGUGGCCUGGCUGGCCCCACGCACCUGUUCCAGCCGAGCCUGGUGCUGGACAUGGCCAAGGUCCUCCUGGACAACUACUGUUUCCCGGAGAACCUGAUGGGGAUGCAGGAAGCCAUUGAGCAGGCCAUCAAGAGCCAAGAGAUCCUGGCCAUCUCAGACCCACAGACACUGGCCCAAGUGCUGACAGCCGGGGUGCAAAACUCCCUGAACGACCCUCGGCUGGUCAUCUCCUAUGAGCCCAGCACGCUCGAGGCUCCCAAGAAAGCCCCGGCACUCACCAACCUCACACAAGAGGAACUGCUUGCUCGGCUGCAGGAGGGCAUCCGCUAUGACAUUCUGGAGGGCGACGUGGGCUACUUGCGAGUGGACGACAUCCCGGGCCAGGAGGUGGUGAGCAAGCUGGGGGGCUUCCUGGUGGACAAUGUCUGGAGGAAGCUCAUGGGCACCUCUGCCUUGGUGCUGGACCUCCGGCACUGCACUGGGGGCCACGUUUCCGGCAUCCCCUAUAUCAUCUCCUACCUGCACCCAGGAAACACGGUCCUGCACGUGGACACCAUCUACGACCGCCCCUCCAAUACGACCACUGAGAUCUGGACCCUGCCCGAGGUCCUGGGAGAGAGGUACAGUGCCGACAGGGAUGUGGUGGUCCUCACCAGUGGCCACACCGGGGGCGUGGCCGAGGACAUUGCUUACAUCCUCAAACAGAUGCGCAGGGCCAUCGUGGUGGGUGAGCGGACCGUGGGAGGUGCCCUGGACCUCCAGAAGCUGAGGAUAGGCCAGUCCGACUUCUUCCUCACCGUGCCCGUGUCCAGGUCCCUGGGGCCCCUGGGCGGGGGUAGCCAAACAUGGGAGGGCAGUGGAGUUCUGCCCUGUGUGGGGACCCCGGCCGAGCAGGCCCUAGAGAAAGCCCUGUCCAUCCUCACACUGCGCCGUGCCCUGCCAGGAGUCAUCCAACGCCUGAAGGAGGCCCUACAGGACUACUACACGCUGGUGGACCGCGUGCCUGCCCUGCUGCACCACCUGGCCAGCAUGGACUUCUCCUCAGUGGUCUCUGAGGACGAUCUGGUCGCUAAGCUCAACGCUGGCCUGCAGGCUGUCUCCGAGGACCCCAGGCUCCUGGUGUGGGUCGUCAGGUCCAAAGAGACCCCUCCCGGGCUGGAGGCUGGAGCUGAUGCCCCCCCAGAGAUAGCCCCCGCAGUGCCCGUGGAUGAGGCUGCCCUGCAGGCCUUGGUGGAUGCCGUGUUCCAGGUGUCCGUGCUGCCGGGGAACGUGGGCUACCUGCGCUUCGACAGCUUUGCCGACGCCUCCGUGCUGGGCCCGCUGGGCCCGUACAUCGUGCGCCAGGUGUGGGAGCCGCUGCAGGACACGGAGCACCUCAUCCUGGACCUGCGCCAGAACCCCGGGGGGCCGUCCUCCGCCGUGCCCCUGCUGCUCUCCUACUUCCAGGGCCCUGAGCCCGGCCCCGUGCGCCUCUUCACCACCUACGACCGUCGCACCAACGUCACACAGGAGCACUUCAGCCGCACGGACCUGCUGGGCCAGCGCUACAGCACCCAGCGAGGGGUGUACCUGCUCACCAGCCACCGCACUGCCACCGCCGCCGAAGAGCUGGCCUUCCUCAUGCAGUCGCUGGGCUGGGCCACGCUGGUGGGUGAGAUCACCGCUGGCAGCCUGCUGCACACCUGCACGGUGCCCCUGCUGGAGACGCCCGAGGGUGGCCUGGCCCUCACAGUGCCCGUGCUCACCUUCAUCGACAACCACGGCGAAUGCUGGCUGGGAGGUGGCGUGGUGCCCGACGCCAUCGUGCUGGCCGAGGAGGCCCUGGACAGAGCCCAGGAGGUGCUGGAGUUCCACCGCAACCUGGGGGCCCUGGUGGAGGGCACAGGACACCUCCUGGAGGCCCACUACGCCCGACCAGAGGUGGUCGGGCAGACUGGUGCCCUGCUGCAAGCCAAGCUGGCUCAGGGGGCCUACCGCACAGCGGUGGACCUGGAGUCGCUGGCCUCCCAGCUCACGGCCGACCUGCAGGAGAUGUCUGGAGACCACCGGCUGCUGGUGUUCCACAGCCCGGGCGAGCUCGCGGCUGAAGAGGCGCCCCCGCCCCCUCCCGCUGUCCCCUCCCCAGAGGAACUCUCCUAUCUCAUCGAGGCUCUGUUCAAGACCGAGGUGCUGCCCGGCCAGCUGGGCUACCUGCGUUUCGAUGCCAUGGCCGAGCUGGAGACGGUGAGGGCCAUCGGGCCACAGCUGGUGCAGCUGGUGUGGCAAAGGCUGGUGGACACGGCCGCGCUGAUCAUCGACCUGCGCUACAACCCCGGCAGCUACUCCACGGCGGUGCCGCUGCUCUGCUCCUACUUCUUUGAGGCCGAGCCCCACCAGCACCUUUACUCCGUCUUUGAUAGGGCCACCUCAAGGGUCACGGAGGUGUGGACCGUGCGCCAAGUGGCAGGCCAGCGCUACGGCUCCCACAAGGACCUCUACAUCCUGAUGAGCCACACCAGUGGAUCUGCGGCCGAGGCUUUUGCUCACACCAUGCAGGACCUGCAGAGGGCCACUGUCAUCGGGGAGCCCACGGCUGGAGGGGCGCUCUCCGUGGGCAUCUACCAGGUGGGCAGCAGCCCCUUGUAUGCCUCCAUGCCCACACAGAUGGCCCUGAGCGCCACCACAGGCGAGGCCUGGGACCUGGCUGGAGUGGAGCCCGACAUCACAGUGCCCAUGAGCGAGGCCCUCUCCACAGCCCGGGACAUAGUGGCCCUGCGCGCCAAGGUGCCCACCGUGCUGCAGACGGCCGGGAAGCUGGUGGCCGAUAACUACGCCUCCCCCGAGCUGGGGGCCAAGGUGGCUGCCAAACUGAGCCGCAUGCAGAGCCGCUAUGCCAGGGUGACCUCCGAAGGCGCCCUGGCCGAGAUGCUGGAGGCCGACCUGCAGAUGCUCUCCGGGGACCCACACCUGAAGACGGCCCACAUCCCCGAGGAUGCCAAGGACCGAAUUCCUGGGAUUGUGCCCAUGCAGAUUCCCUCCCCUGAGGCCUUCGAAGACCUGAUCAAGUUCUCCUUCCACACGAACGUGCUUGAAGACAACAUCGGCUACUUGCGAUUCGACAUGUUCGCAGACAAUGAGCUGCUCACUCAGGUCUCUGAGCUGCUGGUGGAGCACGUCUGGAAGAAGAUUGUGCACACGGACGCCAUGAUUGUCGACAUGAGGUUCAACAUCGGUGGCCCCACCUCCUCCAUCUCCGCCCUGUGUUCCUUCUUCUAUGACGAAGGCCCUCCGAUUCUGCUGGACAAAAUCUACAGCCGGCCCAACGACUCCAUCAGUGAGCUCUGGACCCACUCUCAGCUCACAGGUGAACGCUACGGCUCCAAGAAGAAUGUGGUCAUUCUGACCAGCAGCGUGACGGCUGGCGCUGCAGAGGAAUUUACCUACAUCAUGAAGAGGCUGGGGCGGGCAGUGGUCGUUGGGGAGGUGACCAGCGGGGGCUGCCAGCCGCCGCAAACCUAUCACGUGGAUGACACCGACCUCUACCUCACCAUCCCCACGGCCCGCUCAGUGGGGGUUGCGGAUGGCAGCUCCUGGGAAGGGGUGGGCGUGGUGCCCCACGUGGCUGUCCCCGCUGAAGCCGCCCUCACCAGAGCCAAGGAGAUGCUCCAGCACACUCUGCUGAGGGCGAGGCGGAGCCCAGGCCUGCAGGGCUGCCGGGAUGACCUCUUUCAGCAGAGCCCCGGGGUGGGCGGGACCUCUGGGCCAUACCCCAAGGGCAUUCCAGCAUGUGGUCCUGCCUGA